UUACAAAGAGAGAGAGAGAGAUCGUCGGCAAAGAUGGAAUCGCCAUCCACGGUCGGAUUCCUUGGCUGACACCGCUGCGUGUUUCAUUCGAAGAAGAAGGAGAAGCGACGAUAAAAAACAAGGAGAUGGAGACCUUCUAACGAGUGAAGAUUAGUCACGUUAUAUUGGGGCGAUUAAAAUCUCCAAAGUGUGUUGUAAUUCUUUGAAAGAAGGAAUUGCAUAAAUAAAUAAUUCUUAUUUAUUUAAUUAGCAAAUACUCCCUUCAUCCCAUUUUAUAACGCCUAUUUCGAGAAACUCCAUUAAUGCUUAAUACGGAGUAUACUUUAUUAAUCUAAGUGUCGCCAUUUUGUUAACACUAUUGUUCUAAGCUAAGCUUUGGUAUCAAAAUAAUAUAAGUACGUACCCACACCCAUUUGAUCAUGGCGGCGAAUAUGGUUCCGGCGAGAUUCAAGAGGGUGGCCGACGCCUUCGACGAGGCGGCGCUUACUCUCAGGACGCGGCCGCCUUGCGGCAGCAGCGGCAGCGAGCACUCCGACGACCCCGAGAGCCUGACGGACUUGUCACGCCUCGUCAAUUCUUUCAUCGAAAACGACGACGACGAGGCGUGGGAGGGUCCCGCCGAGUGGGCCGUGGAAGACGUCGAUGAUGAUGACGGCCGGGUCGGUGACGACCGGCAACGGGAGGAGGAGAAUUGCUGCGACGACGUCGUUGAAGCGAGGGACUCUCUGCAGCGCCUGCUAAGCUCAGGCGAGGAUGAUGUCACCAAGAGAAGUCUGCUUGAGGCGGUGGAAAGAUCUCGCCGGGAACUGGGGGAACGAUCGUAUAAUUCGCCGGAUUUUAAACGCCGGUUGAUGGGUCGAUUGCGAAAUCAGGGCUUUGAUGCCGGGUUAUGCAAAACGAGAUGGGAGAAAAAGGAGAGUUGCCCCCGCGGGGAUUACGAGUACAUAGACGUGAACGCCAACGGGGAGCGAUACAUAGUGGAGUUCAACCUUAGGGGGGAGCUGGAGACAGCGAGGCCGACGGCGGGGUACAGGUUGCUGGCGGAGAUGUUCGGUGAGGCGGGGGCGGCGUACGUGGGGAGGGCGGAGGAGUUGAAGAAGAUAGCGAGGAUAAUGAGCGGGGAGAUGAAGAGGUCAAUGAAGAGCGUGGGAAUGCACGUCCCCCCUUGGAGGCGGAGCGCUUACGUGCAGGCCAAGUGGUUUAGUUCGUACAAGCGGACGACGAAUAACGUUCGUACUGCUCGUGAUGACGUGACCUUAUUCGUCGUCCCCUUGUCAUCAUCAUCUUCUGCUUCGUGUUCGACGAGCUGGGCGCAGAAGCAGAGGAGAUGGGUCGGGUUUGACCUUGCUAGGCCAGCUGAUGAAAUUGCAUUAAAGGAGAGAAUGGUUUGAGAAAAAUGGAUAGAUGGAGGGAUGGAGCUAGGGAGGGAGGAAAUCAUUUAAAUAGUUCAUUUUGAGAUUUGUUUUUUUUGGUUUAUGCAUUAUUUGAAUUGUGUAUGUAUGUAGUGGAUAGAAGUAGAAUAUUGAAAUGUGUUUGCCAAUAUUUAUGAGCAUUGUUAGGGUCGGUCGGUCUCGAAGAUUCAGUCGGCCUCGACGAGAUUCAAAAACGGGUCGUCUUGGCCGUAAUAAAUUAAAUUGUACUAA